AUGGUUUCUCUACCUGCAACUUUAUGUGAGAUUCUUCACACCACGUCUGAUGAGUAUGGCAAUCAUGUCGCCAUCGAUCAUGAAGACGGGGUUCUCACAUAUUCGGAACUUCAACACUACUCGACCGCUUUUGCACGCAAACUUCGCGAUGCCGGAGUCAAGCAAGGCGACCGGCUACCUCUGCUGACAGCUCAUGGUACUCGCAACAUUGUGGCCUUGAUGGGAAUACUGAUCGCCGGCGCGAUCUAUGUGCCCAUGGACGCAGAUACCUGGUCCGAAGAGAGAAUUCAAGCAGUCUUGGCCAUUACCGAUGGUGAUGUCAUGGUAAGCACUGUUUCAAGCGAGAUCCAACGGGAAGACUAUCGAGUCGUCCAUUUGCGAGACCUCAAAGACCUCGAGUACAGCAGCGAUGGCUUCAAGCAAUCAUACAUCAGCCCGUCCAGUCUUGCAUGCAUCAUUUUCACCAGUGGGUCUACCGGUAAACCAAAGGGUGUAAUGAUACCCCAUGAAGCCAUUGUCAACUACGCGACCACGUCGCCUUUUAACAUGGAUGUACGCUGUGGGGAUCGGGUACUGCACAUUCUAUCAGUCUCCUUCGAUGCGUCUACCGGAAUGCUUUUCUCCAUUCUUCGUGGUGCCGGUACCAUAGUCCCCGCCAACAAGCUCAACUUGAUUACCAAGGCUGAGUCCUGCUCAAUCAUAGCAUGCACACCAUCGAUUCUCACAACUUUACCACCACCCGCUUUAAAAAACUGUCGGUAUCCCACACUUCGCACAGUCCUCCUUGGUGGUGAGAUCAUACCGCAAGAGCUCAUCGACGCUUGGUGCGUCAACGGCAGGAGGAUACUGAACGCGUAUGGGCCAACCGAGACUACUUGCGCCUCUCUGAUGCAUGUUAUCGAUUCUUCGGUCGACAGAACACAUGAGAGCAACGCAAUAAUCGGAAAACCUAUGCCCAACGCCCCGGUGCAUUUGCUCGACUCCGACAUGCGGGAGCUCCGGGAGUGUGGUCAGGAGGGUGAGAUCGUCAUCAGCGGCCUGGGAGUCGCGCACGGCUACUUCCGCGACGAGGAGAAGACGAAGAAAGCGUUCAUCGAAAGAAACGGACGGAGAAUGUACAGGACCGGCGACUACGGCAUGUGGACGACAGACGGCCUCGGUGGACUCGUCAUUGAGUUCCGCGGGCGCAGAGAUCGGGUGGUCAAGAAUCGCGGAUUUCUUGUCAACCUCGACGCCGACAUCGAGACGCCCAUGGCAUCGAUGGAUUUCGGUAUCCAAAGCAUUCACGUAACGCAGUUUGGGAAGAAAAUCGUUGCCCUUGUUUGCCCCGAAUCAGUUAAUACGAACCGCCUCCGUCAAGUCAUGCUCGAGACGUUCUCUAGCUUCAUGGUGCCGGAUCGAAUCCUGGCCGUACCCGCCCUUCCAAUGACCCCGAAUGGCAAAGUCGACCCUAGAGGCGUCUUGAAGAUGUUGGAAGAGAGUCACGAUGUGAUGCUGACCAAAUACACGACUCCCGAGGUUACCACACAAGGAAGCGAGGUAUGGCUCGCCGUCAAGGAAUGCGCUAGGCGCUCGUUGAGUCUCGGAAACAACGUCGUCCUCCAACCCUCGUCGAACCUAUUUUCUUUGGGCGCCUCAUCACUCGAUAUUCUCAUGUUCGUGUCGCUUUGCCAGUCACGUGGCUGUCGGAUUUCUGUGCCGGAUGUUUACAACGCAGAAACUCUCAAGGAGUUAUGCGGGUGCAUAGACGCCGCUGGCGGCGUUCCACAGAUUAAGGAGACCGUGGAAACCUGGAUUGGAGUGCCAGACACUCAAGAGAAGAUUCAGAAUCAAGGGGUAAAUGGCCAUCAUAACGUUCCUCAGGGCAACGGCAGCGUCGACGGCCAUCCUCCCAAGUGCGCUCCGAUGACGCCUCUGCAACUCGAGCUAGCACAACCUACCUUGGCAGUGGACGGCAAAAAUACGAACCGCAUCUGCAUUCGAUAUGCUAUUGAACAUGCAGACAGAAUGGAGCAGGCUUGGCACAAGGUCUGGACAACAGAACCUAUUUUCAGGACGAAGUUUUCCCUCGUAGAAGGUUCAGGGGGCACGCAAAUUGUCGAGAAAGCCCCUCUGAGUCUUCCCACCAAGACCAAGUUCACAGACUAUCGCUCAUUCCAGAAAGCUAUCAACGGCGUUUCACUCAAGGUUGGUCUUGGCACGAGACUUGACUUCCUCCAAUUUCUACCCAAAGACGAUGAUGAGUAUCCCGCUGAGUUGGCUGUCGUCUGGACAGUCCACCAUUGCCUAGUUGACGGUUAUGCCAUGGCCUCAAUCCUCGCCAGAGUGGAGAAUAUCGCAGUCGAAGCAAACGUGGAGUACACGACAGACCCCUUCACAGUCAUUGCAAGAAGAUUAGUUGAGAAGCAGCGGAAGCAGGAUUCGCAGGCCAAAGAGUUUUGGUCAGCGUAUCUUCAUGACGCUCCGUUCAUCGAGAGCUUGGGGCUUCCGCGACCAAACGGAAACCGCACGGAUGUGGCUGAAGAGAUUCGCUUCUCAAGUGCGAUCGCCUUUUCAGAUCUACGCAAACUGGCUUCGGAAAGCCACGUCACUGUCGCCACCUGUAUUUACACGGCUUGGGCCAUGGUCAUCUCCAAGUAUACCAACCAAGAUACAGUGACCAUUGGUGCUGUCGUCUCUGGAAGAGACUCACCUCUGAUAUCUCAAACUGCCAUUGGCCCUCUGAUUAACACUCUUCCUCUGGUGGUUCGGCUCAAGCCCGAAUUCACUGUCAAGCAAGCACUGCGGCGAACUCUUCAUAACAUUGCCGAAGUCACACCUUUUGCAUGGAGCACGCCGCAACAGAUCAAUCACAGGACUUCGAGCGUGGUGGCUCUGCAAUACGACUACCCCAAAUAUCCUGGGACGAUCCCUCAGCUCGGCGUCGAUUCGUUCGAAAACACUGCUUUUCCUCUGAAUCUCCUAGUGGAGGGAGAUGGAACAUUCCGCCUGGUUUAUGACCCGGCAGUUUAUGGAGGGUCUUGGGCUCAGGACAUGGUGCACUACUUCCAGCUCGUCCUGACAUCCAUUGUCGGAUCUCAAGGCAUUACGCCUAGCAUCCCUCCCGCCAUUCCCAGCAAGGUUGAGACACUCAUCAUGCGUCAUUGGAACCCUAUUUCAGACGGAUUGCACGAUUUUGGUACGCUCCAAGAAGCCUUCGAAAGCUCUUCAUUCGUAUUCCCCUACGCGACAGACGUCUGCGGAAACGUUCCACUCACCAACCUCCCGAUACUAGCAGUAUCCGAGGUUAUCCAGAACAACCAACCCCCUGUUCAACUCUCUUGCUUCCGGGCGGACCCAGACUCGGACAUCCUCAUCGUCUUCACCUCCGGCACCACGGGCACGCCCAAGGGUGUUCCCAUCAGCCACCGAGGCCUACUCGCGCUGCAGUCCAACCCGGAGGCAACCAUGUUCAGCCGACCCGGCAAACGCAUCGCCCAGAUGAUGUCACCAGCGUUCGACUACUGUGCCAACGAGAUCUUUUCUGCAUUGCUUCACGACGCCUCGCUAGUCCUUCGAGACUCUGCCGACCCGUACGCUCACCUGAGCAUAGUCGACUCUGCGACAUUGACCCCUUCUUUGAUGGCUGCUCUUGAUCCAGAUACGUAUCCCUCCCUUCGCACAGUUUACGCCACUGGAGAACCCGUCACGCCAGGACUUGUUCAGCGCUGGGCUCCAGGAAGAGAUUUCUACAAUGCCUACGGACCCGCAGAGGGUUCCAUCUGCGUAUCUUUCACUAAACUUGUUCCAGGGGAGGAAAUCACCAUCGGUCGUGCCAUACGAACCGCGAGAAUGUACAUCCUUGACAGGAACUUCGAGCACCAACCCAUCGGAGCACUCGGCGAACUGUUUCUGGCGGGUGUUCAGGUAACACGGGGAUACCUCAACGCGGACGAGCAGACGAAGCUUCGUUACAUGCCCGACCCAUGGCACCUUGGAGAGAGGAUGUACCGUACGGGAGAUUUCUGCCGCUGGACUCGCGACGGUCAGGUCUCCUAUGUCGGUCGACUGGACCGCCAAAUCAAGAUUCGUGGGUUCCGUGUUGAGCUGCCCACCGUGGAGCAGCACAUUCAAGCCUCGAACCCGGAGGUUAUCCUGGUCAGCGUCCUCGCUAUCGACGACACCCUCGUUUCCGUCAUAAAGCCUGCAUGCGUCAACACGCAGAGAAUCAAGCAAGAUCUCUUGGCAAGUUUGCCACCAUCUUGGGUUCCCCAGAGGUUCGUGGCAACGGACGACUUCCCCUUGACCCCAAACAAGAAGAUAGACAUGGUUGCACUGAAGAAGAUGCUCGACCACUCCGACGUAGCCGCAAGCCCCGUCAAAGGAGAAACCAUGCAGGGCUAUUUGGCGGAAGCCAUUGCGCGGGAGUGGAGAACCCUUCUCAAGAUCCAAGAUGAAAGACCCCUCCAAGCCUUAGACAGCUUCACGGCGCUGGGCGGGCAUUCUAUCUUGCAAAUGCUGCUGUCUGCCCGGCUCUCGUCCAGAUUUGGAGUCCGGGUUUCCCUUCGAGACGCUCUCCAGGCCGAUGCACUGCGGGAUCUUGUCAGCCUGGUGAAGAUGAGACAGGUCACGGACACCGAUGAAGACCAGCCGAAGCCUAUUCCAAGUCAGCUCGCAUCAGAUUCGUUGUCCCCAGUCGAGCAAUACAUGUGGUCUGAGUACAAGAUGACAUCUUGGACGAGCAUGUUCAACAUUCCUCUCGUCUUGAAUCUCGAGGGGAGUUUCUCUAGAGCAGCUCUCGCCUCUGCAUUGAAUAAAGUCCUGUCUGAGCACGAGAUCUUCAGAUCCAACUAUACGGAAGUUUCCUGUCAACCUCUGAGGAUCUUGCGGAGCAACUCGCCCCGGGUUCGUGAGCAAGCGGUGCUCGACCUGGACCAGGAGAUCAAUCACAACUUCAGGGUCUGCGAUGACGAGUUAAUCCGCAUCCAUCUCUCGGAUGACAUACUCGUGGUCGUGGUGAGCCACAUGAUUGCGGACCUCACCAGUCUACAGAACUUCUUCCAAGACGUAUCGGCUGCCUACAAGACGGCGAUGGCGCCAUCCCCGAGCAGCAUUCGCGAUUACAUUUCUCUUCCGAGGUGGAAGCAGCCAGUUAGCCCCGAGGACCGUGAGUUUUGGCAAAGGUAUUUGCAAGGGGCGCAGCACCACGUUCCCUUGGGCAGGCCCUCAGCGUCGUCUCGCUACGACGGACAGUCCGACGUAUUCAAUAUCCCGCAGACCCUCGUCAAAAGCCUCGUGCGUAUGAUUCGCAGCCAAUCCAUCACCCGCCACCAGCUUGCUCUCGCCGCCGUUGUCCUGACCCUCCGGCGUGUCACGCUUGAAGACGACCUGGUGGUUGGGAGUCCCUGCUCGUGCCGUUUCUCGGCCUCGGAGCAGCGGGCCAUGGGCCUUCUGCUGGACCGUCUGCCGAUUCGGAUCGGGAAAAGCCACGAGGAUAUUUCCUGCGCUGCGUUCCUCGGCCAGGUGCGCGAGGCAAGUCAAGCUGCCCUCGCUCGAGUCAUCCCUUUCCCGGAGCUGCUUCGCAUACUGGGCAUCAACCAAGACUUCGAGCGUCAUCCCCUAUUCGAGGUCAUGGUCACCUUCCACUUGGACAAGGGCCCUCAAGGGCAUUUGGAAAUCCCCAAUUGCAACGUAUCAGCCCUUCCGGUGCAUGCUUCCGGUUCCAAGUUUCUCUUGAUGUUUGAAUGGACGGAAUGCUCGGAGGGAGACUGGAUGCUGCGGAUUGAGUAUAACAGCCAGAGGAUUUCUCGUCCGGUACUCACUCAAAUCAAGCAGAGCUUGUUCGACAUUCUCAACGAUCUUUCGAUGGAGAACGACAUUGUCUAG